AUGCGAACAGGUGUAAGGACAAAGACGUACAUUUACAUAAAAAUUCUAUUCGUCAACAAUUUUCACGGUUUUCCAUUAGUUUUGGAUAUCAGUAUAUGUGUUAGUUUUGUGGUGACAAGUCUCGGAUUGUUUUGUAGAAAUAUUGUGCCAAAACAUCUGCAGAUAUUAUGAAGUUUAAAAUUAAUAAUGUUUUUACUGUUGAAGAGAAUAAAAAUAAAGACAAAGAUAAAGAGGCAAAACCUAAUUUCGAUGAUGAUUAUGUAGUCAAAUCUAUGGGUGCAUUUGGAAGAUGGCAAGCUAUAGUAUGUACAGUUAUAUCAAUGAGUAGACUGAUUGCUAUGUGGAAUAUACUAUCAAUUUUAUUCCUUACACCAGCUACAAAAUUCAUUUGCAAGAAAUUCAAAGAUGAUACCGAAGUUGUUGUGGAAAAUUCAACGUGUUACGCCACCUGCUCAGAGUAUGAGUUUGAUCAUGAUGUGUUUGAGGAGACUAUUAUAUCGAAUUUUGGCUUGAUUUGUGACAAAGCAUGGUUGGCAAGUUUAACGCAAAUGAUCCUCAUGUUAGGAUUGGUUAUCGGCGUUGCUUCAUUUGGCUGGGUUUCUGACAGAUAUGGACGCCGCAAAGCUAUAAUCCUAUCAGCGGCUAUAGACCUAAUAUUUAUGAUUGCCUCAGCCUUUGCUCCUACCUAUUGGACCUUUACUGCCUUAAGAUUCUUCGUAGGAGUGGCCAGUGGUGGCAUCAUGUCAAUUACUGCAGUAUUUACUCUAGAAACCGUAGGACCACAGCAUAGAGAAGUGGCUGGAACACUAGCAUUGCUUCCUGACAGCAUAGCAGAAGCCUCGUUAGCAUUAUUUGCAUAUUUAGCAACAACUUGGAGAGUAUAUCUGUUGGAGAUUGGAGGAUUGUCUUCAGGAAUAUUGUUGUUGUUGUUAUUUUUGCCGGAGACACCGAGAUGGUUGAUGGCGAAAGGAAAAGCUGAUGCUGUUGUUGAGUUGAUGACUAAAGCUGCUAAAUUUAACAAACGCAGCACAUCAAACAUAAAAGAGAACGUAGAAAAAAGCCUUAAAGAGCUAAACCUAAAAGAAAAUGAAGCACAAACCAUGAAUUACUCAGACCUAUUCAAAACGAAGCAACUAGCUAUGAUUACGAUGUCUUCAGUAGCUAUUUGGUUUGUCACUGGACUGUGCUAUUACGGUAUCAAUCAAUACAUCACUGUGCUCGGAUCGAAUGUGUUCAUCGUUGUGGCUGUUACUGGUGUUAUACAGAUACCAACGGCACCUUUAGCAACAGUCAUCACAAAAGUGUACGGAAGGAAGGCGUCAACAAUUUGUUCUUAUAUGAUGAUUGGUGUAUCAAUGGUCAUUCUUAUCUUCCUGCCAAACGGUACUUGGGUAUCAACCAUAUUCGGCAUGAUAGGCGUUAUGUGUUCUUGUUUAAAUUUUUGUGUUAUAUACUUGUACGUUAUAGAACUUUACCCUACAGCAAUAAGGAACAUGGGAUUCUCUUUAAGCUCAUCAGGUUCAAAACUAGGAGCAAUGGUAGCUCCCUUUUUAGCCAGUAUCCAACCACGAUGGAUAGCUUCCUUAAUAUUUGCAAUACUACCAUUCAUUGCUGCGGCAAUUUGUCUUCUGUUACCAGAGACAAAAGGGCGGAAAUUGCGUGACACGGUGGAUGAAUGAUAGCGUUAAUAGCAGGGGUGGCAAUAAAUGGCUUCAAAAUGAUAAUGAGGAUGUCAGUGACUUAUUAGAAUAUACAGCGAUGUAAAACGGGUCAUAAAGUGUAGGAAAUUGGAAUAAGAAUGUUUUAAUUUUAAGUUAAACAGAAUAUUAAUAUUGAAAGGCAAACGAGAUGAAAAAGAGUUGGGGUAUCGUUUUGCAAGUUGUCUUAGCUUUUAGGUAAAUGUAUUAUUAUAAUAUUCAUGUUUUUAUAGUUUUAUAUUUUGUGAGAGUUUUAUGAAAACUUUUAUAGUUCUUUAUAAAGUAACAAUACUCAGUAAGAGUACAUAAUCUUAUUG